AACCCAGCCCAGUAACAAAGUGUCAAAGACGGCCCAAUUGGUGGCUUAGGCUCUGACUGUGCAAGAGAUUCCGAGCAUGAAGAAGAGGAAGCGCCCAGCGGUGUCGGGGCGGCGGCCGGCUACCCAUCCUCGGAACAAGUAUUUCGACAACCCGCCGGACUUCGGCGUCUUGGCCUCGCUCUACCCGUCCUUCGAGCCCUUUGUCUUCUACUCUCGGGACGGUCGGCCCAGAAUCGACUGGACCGAUUACAAUGCCACCAGAGAGCUCACUAGGGUUUUACUUCUUCACGAUCAUGGUCUCAACUGGUGGAUUCCUGAUGGGCAGCUCUGCCCUACUGUACCGAACAGAUCUAAUUAUAUCCACUGGAUUGAAGACCUAUUAUCAUCAGACAUUAUAUCAAAAGGCAGUGUUGAAGAUAAUGGUGAAUUUGUAAGGGGUUUUGAUAUUGGAACUGGAGCCAACUGCAUAUACCCACUUCUCGGUGCUUCCCUUAGGGGAUGGAGUUUUGUUGGAUCAGAUGCGACCGAUGUUGCAUUAGAGUGGGCAGAGAGAAAUGUUAAAAAUAAUCCACACAUUUCUCAUCUAAUUGAAGUUAGAAAGGUUGACAAUGGUGAGAAGAUUUAUGUGCAAGGGCCACGUAAUGAACAGUCUGUCAACAGUGGAAGCAGUUCAGACAUAAAUGAAAUUGAGGCCAAUAAGGAAGAUCUUUCUUCCUCAUAUUCAUACACAGUGCACUCAGGUGUGAGUAAGAGUUACUGUGGACCGCGUAUACUUCUUGGUGUUGUUCAGGAGGGUGAGAAAUUUGACUUCUGUAUGUGUAAUCCACCAUUUUUUGAGACAAUGGAGGAAGCAGGACUAAAUCCAAAAACUUCAUGUGGCGGGACUCCAGAGGAGAUGGUUUGUCCUGGUGGAGAAGAGGCUUUCAUCUGUCGUAUCAUUCAAGAUAGUGUUGAAUUAAAUCAAACUUUUCGCUGGUAUACAUCAAUGGUAGGAAGAAAAUCAAACCUCAAAGUUCUAACAUCGAAACUUCGUGAGGUUGGAGUGACUAUAGUUAAGACAACUGAAUUCGUCCAAGGCAAAACUUGCCGAUGGGGCCUUGCAUGGUCAUUUAUGCCUCCGGUGAGGAAGAUAAUUUCAAAUCAUGUUACUGAGAAGAAUGCCAUGUCUUUCACACUUGAGGGUCUUCAUCGCCAGUUCAGUGCCAUACAUGUGCUGCAAGCUGCCGAAUCCUAUUUUUGCAGUGCUGGUGCAUCUUGUAAAUCAAAUGCCUCAGCAUUUACUAUUGAUAUCACUGUUUCCAGUAAUGACUGUGAUGGGAUUUUGAAGAAUGAAUUAAGAAAUAUGAAUGAUGCUGCUCAUGGCCAAUAUGAGCAAGUGACAUCCAUUGUUUCCCAUCCAAUUCUUCCACCACAUGACAUGUCUUUUCGAAUUUCGGUCUUUCAGCAAAUCCCAGGCACACUUUUGUUGAGAGGAUCUUUGCAGCAUAGAGAAAGCCCUGUGGCAGGUGUGAGGUUCUCAUUGAUAUUCCUAAAAUUGGAACAAGUUCUGAAAGAGAGAUUCUGUAGAGAGAAGGCACCUACAGACAGACACUAACUAGCUAGCUCAACAAGCUAAGACUGCCAGGCAAGCUCUUUCCAAAACUGCCGAUCAAUCUAUUUCCCCAGUCACAGCUACCGUCGUCGCAGAGAAGGUAGAUAUUCCGGUUUGUGGUAAUAGAGUUUUGCGAAAAUUUUGUAUGUUGUACAGUUCGGGCAUUGGAUUUGUGGAUUAUAGUUGAAUGUUAAACUAUAUUACCUUUGAUUUGUGGAUUACAGUAGCGUAAGCACAAUAUCUGUAGCAAACAAGAACAGAUUUUUGCCUUAGUGGAAUAUUAUGCCGUCAGGCUCA